GUGGAUGAGGGAUAAAGGCUUGCUCUGCUUUUCAUCCACCGCCACAUCGUAGUUACUAUUCGUCGUUACUAACGACGUUUCCUUCUAUUUAACUUUUAAUACACUGAAAUGACUUCAUUUAACCCCCGCGAGGACUGAGAGGACCAAACCAUUUGUAAAGCCUGGCAACUUUGCUUUGAGAUCUAAUAUAUCUGCAGAGUAGACAGCUCUUCCUGCCGUGGCCAAAAUAACAGCUGAGAUUCGGAGUAAACCCCCCCAGUGCAGCGUCUCCUCGUCUGCGAAGACCAGCACGAGGACUAACUGAGGUUCAGCUUUGUGACUCCGCUUGAUAAAUGUCAACCCGCUCCAGUAUUUGCAUGCAUCCUGUCUCAUCAUCCAAACGUUUCCCCUGGUGCACUGAACAAACUCUACGGAGCUACCGGUGUCCUCUGUCAACUCGUCUGACACCAGAAAUCGAAGAUCCGUAUAGUUUCAGCCACACACUGGACAUGGGGGACUACGAUGUUCGCUCAGCCGCCAGCAUCCUGGCCUCAGUGAAAGAGCAGGAGGCACGUUUUGAGCAAUUGACCCGAGCCCUCGAGGAAGAGCGCCGCAACGUUACCCUGCAGCUUGAGCGUUCCAACCUGCCUCCUAACCCCCCAACUAGCCAACCGCUGGCAUGGCAACAAGUGGUGAUGCAGGAGCAGAGCCCCAUUAACACCACACCCCUGGCCAUGAUGCAGGAGCCGCAGGAGGUGGUGGAGGAGACCGUUACCAUAGAAGAGGAUCCCGGCACUCCCACUUCUCACGUCUCUGUCGUCACAUCCGAUGAUGGAACUACGCGGCGGACAGAAACUAAGGAUGUGUCAACAAACAUGAAGGUGACCAAGAUGGUAAAGACUGUGACCACCCGGACAGUCCGUCAGGUACCCCUUGGCCCUGAUGGUUUACCCCUGCCUGAGGGCACAUCCCCAUUGGGCAGCUAUGCAGAUUCCAUUGAUCGCAGAUACAUGAAGAAUGGAAGUGAGCGCUAUAUCACCCCUCAAGCAACAUCCACCUUGACGCGAGGCUACAACAACUCCUACAAUGACUCCUACGUUGAAACGCCGGAAAGCCAGUAUGUGCGACACUACGGCCUUCACGAUGGAUAUGCAGACUUGACGGACAACUAUGGCAGUCUGUCACGUGGUGUUAACUUCAGGCCGCCGCGCUACCCAUACAUGCCCAACAGUUAUCGCCCAGAGAACAGCUACACACUACCUAUUCGCAAGGAUGAUUAUGGCCAUAUGGCACAGCCUCAAGUUCCCAUGGGGAGCAGCACGGUAGAUUUGAACCGCUCACAACCAGAGCGCUUUCAGCCUGAGCCAUAUGGUUUAGAAGAUGAUCGCCGCAGCUUGGGCCCUGAAGAGGAGGAGCCAUAUGAGCUGGAACCUGACUUUUCCACUGCUAGCCGUCGCACCCUGCCAGGAACUAACCGGGGCCGCACUCACCGGGAACCUCUUCGUGAUAUGCCUCGAGUCAGAUACCCAGAUGACCCCAUUGAGGCAGAGUUGAUUGAUGAGCGCCAUCCUUAUAUCCAUGGCAUGUAUUCAGCCCCACUGGCUCAACCAGAGAGAGGAAGCAUGGCUAGCUUGGACCGAAUGGCCGGGCGGCGCUCCCCCUCUAUCGAUAGUAUCCGUAAAGAUCCACGUUGGAGGGACCCUGAUCUCUCUGAAGUCAUUGCGAUGCUCGGCCACCCGAUCGAUCCCGUCAAGUCCAAUGCCGCUGCCUACCUGCAGCACUUGUGCUACGAAAAUGACAAGAUCAAAAAGGAUGUACGCCAGCUGAAAGGAAUUCCUGUCCUGGUGGGUCUUUUGGAUCAUCCCAAAUCAGAAGUCCAUCGGAAGGCUUGCGGUGCCCUGCGCAACAUCUCCUACGGCAAGGACAACGAAAACAAAGUGGCAAUCAAGAACUGCGAUGGCAUCCCAGCGCUGAUCCGGCUCCUGAGGAAAACCAAUGACAUGGAGGUUCGAGAACUCAUCACAGGUACGCUGUGGAAUCUGUCGUCCUACGAGCCCCUGAAGAUGGUGAUCAUCAACCAUGGCUUGCAGACCAUGACCAACGAGGUCAUAAUUCCUCACUCGGGUUGGGAGCAUGAACCCAACGAGGACUCCAAGCCACGGGAUGCAGAGUGGACCACGGUGUUCAAAAACACAUCCGGCUGCCUCAGGAAUGUGAGUUCAGAUGGUGCAGAGGCUCGUCGCAGACUAAGGGAAUGCGAGGGUUUGGUGGACGCCCUGCUUCACGCUCUUCAGUCAGCGGUAGGAAAGAAAGAUAUGGACAACAAGUCGGUGGAGAACUGCGUUUGUAUCAUGAGAAACCUGUCCUACCACGUACACAAGGAGGUACCAGGGGCCGAAAGGUUCCAGGACCCAUCGGCGCCACAGGCUCCUGGGUCAGCAGGACCACACAGGAAGAAGAAGGAUGACGCUGGCUGCUUUGGAGGCAAGAAAGCCAAAGAGGAAUGGUUUAAUCAAGGGAAAAAGAAUGGGGAGAAUGACAAAAACUAUGACACAUUGGAUCUGCCCAAGCGCACAGAGCCAUCAAAAGGCUUUGAGCUGCUGUACCAGCCAGAAGUGGUGAGGCUUUACCUAUCUCUGCUGACGGAGAGCCAGAACUACAAUACCCUGGAGGCAGCUGCCGGGGCUCUGCAAAAUCUCAGUGCUGGACAGUGGAUGUGGUCCAACUACAUCCGAGCCACAGUGCGGAAGGAGAAAGGUCUUCCCGUCUUGGUGGAGCUGCUGCGCUCAGACUCUGACAAGGUGGUUCGAGCUGUGGCCAUCGCCCUACGCAACCUCUCCAUUGACCGCCGCAACAAAGAUCUGAUUGGAAGCUAUGCCAUGAGAGACUUGGUGAGCAACCUGCCCAGCGGACAGCAGCGGCCGGCCAAGAACCUGGAGGAGGACACUGUGGUGGCCAUCCUCAACACUAUACACGAGAUUGUUACAGACAGCUCCGAAAAUGCCCGCUCGCUCAUCCAGGCCCAGGCCAUUGAGAAGCUGGUUGCCAUCAACAGGACCAGUCAAUCAGCGCGUGAAACAAAGGCAGCAUCCCAUGUGCUGCAGACAGUGUGGAGUUACAAGGAUCUGAGAAACGCUUUGACUAAGGACGGCUGGAAUAAGACCCACUUCCAGCCAACUGUGGCAGUCACCCCGAAAGCAACAAAGAACGGCAAACCGGGUUAUGAUGACACCACCCUUCCUCUGAUGGAAAAGAACCAAGAUGGUUACUCCACCAUUGACCAGAGGGACAAGGACUGCAAAUACAAGACGAGCGACGGAACAGCGGACCUGACAGAGCGGGAGCCAUUAAAGAAUGACACAAAUAGGAAACACUAUAUCAGGAGUAACAGGCCUGCGGUCAGUCUGGUGGACGCUUGUGAUGUUAAGCCCCAGCCUGUUGACUCCUGGGUCUAAAUGCAUGCAUGGCCUAAGAAAAAACCUCCCAGGCCAGAAGAGGAUCUCUUGCAUCACCACUGCCAUUUCACAGUUGAACUUUGUACAGAAAGAAACAUUUUAAAAAGACAAUGAUCACAUCAGCAACCACAUAGUAGCCGCCAGCGUUAAAUUGUGCUUUUCAGAGAUUUUUUUAAGGAUAAACAUUGACUACAAAUACUCUUCUAUCAUAACUACAUUCCCACUGGACAGCAUGUGAAUUUUUUCAGUGUUGACUUUUGUUGACAUUAAAUAGAUUGAGAUCAGUAAAGAUGACAGAGAGAGAGCAGAAGAGAGUGAAACUAAGGCGAAAAUAGACGGAAGAGGAAUGUGUGCAGGCAGAAAGCCAGGUGGAAAGAGACUUGGGGAAAGUUCUUUUCUUCAGUCCAGUCUUGGUUUCCACGUUUUUGAGUUAAAGAUUUUGAAGUAAACUGGUUUGGGGUUUUUGGGGGGUUUCUGAAAGUUUCUGAAUGUUUGUUACGGGUUUGGUUGGAACGGACAACGAAGGAAAAUGAAGGGACAGAAAUUGAACUGUAGCAUAAUGGACUGUACCACCAUAUGAACUGAAACUCCAUGUGGAUUCACUGUGUUUUCUCUGUUUUUUUCCCAAAAGAUAAAAAAAAAAAAUCUGAUAAGGAGUCAAACGUGUUAAACAGGCAAUUGGUUUUGCUUUUUUUUUUAAUAAAGAAAAUGUAAGUUGAUGUCUGGAAAGAGGCAAGUGACCCAGUAAGUACAACAGAUGAAAUAUAUUUUUGUUAAUUUUUGUUCUCACAGCAGGAAGUAAAAAGGGAGACCAAUAAGGAUUUCCAAUCAAACGGCUCCACUUAUUGAACCAAGACUAUAAGUUGUCACUUGGAUUGUGUAUUGAUGCGGUUUCAUAAGCAUCCUGGCUGGUUGCUCUUCAGUGAUGUGUAUUAAAGAAGACAUGAGGCGUUUUGUUAAAAAGGAAGAACAAGAUGAGAAGGAAAGAAGAUUGUUUUUUUUGUUUUUUUUUUAUACAGAUGUAUAUUAGAUUUAAAAAAAAAAUGAAGACAAAAAACAGAAAAGUCACAUUUCUUGGUUGUAUAUUAAAAUCACAUGAAAUGCAGAUCUCACUUGACCACGUCUGUAAACAACAAUUAACCACUUGUAUAAUUUCAGUGUUGUCCUCCGGUCAUGAUGAAGUUUAUUUAUGUUUGUCAAAAUAAGAAGGUAAAAAAACUUGCAGAAAAAUAUCAGUGUUGGUUUGUUGAGACAGACAUUCCACAGUGGGAAAAACAAAAGACGUCAAUGUUGUUCUUCCUGAUCCAUAAUCACGUAAUUUCCUUCAACCUCUCUUCACUGCCACAUCAAGACGAACGCUAAGCAAGAAUAAAACCUGUAAAGAUGUUUAUAUUAUGUCCUUUCCAAGUGCCAGUUUGUGUGGUGUUAUUUGGAUAUUAACUCAUCCACUCAUUCAGAAAGUGAAUUCAUCUGGAUGCAAAAGUGAAGAGCGUCUCAAAUAAAACAUGAAAAGUUGGUUAUAUAGUCUAUAUUUUUACAAUGUGGGCAGCUGAGAAGAAAUUUGUCAUUUAUUAGAAUUUGAGUUGGCAUUACCCACACACACCUCACUCAAGGCGAACAGCAUGUGCCUGCGUAAAAGUUGAAUCUGUGUUCAAAGUUCAAACAGCUUGCAUAUUUUACAGUGUUUACAAAGUUGUAUGUUGUGGUUAAAGCAAAUAAAACUACAAAAAAAAGUGUAAAUUAAACUUAGAUUUCAGAGGUUAGUGGAACAGUUCCCAUCAUUCCUUCUGUGUGUGUCCUCAGAUGUAUGCGUUGGUUGGAUAAACAUCCCUGUGGCACUUCUCAGUGAAGGAUUCCGAGUUGUUUUCCGGGAAACGAAGGUGAAUUUUGCUUUUGUGGGUGUGCAGCCCAUUGUGCAUUGACACAAAGAAGAGCCAUGCAACUGUGCAGUAAAAUACACAGAAACACACCGAAUCAAACAAGCCAACAUGUGUAGAUGUGACUGAUUCAAGAUCGUCAAAAUAAAGUAACAAAGUAGCGUUUGUACCUCUCAUGUGCCUUAACCUUUUCCAUAGUAGAAGAAAAAGUCAGAUGUGUUUUAUAAUAACUUUAUUUCUAACCUUGAUCUGUCAUUUCCUCAACCCAAACGCUCACCUUCCCUAUUUGGGUCAACUUUUAUCCCUUUUCUCCCGUCAUGUCAUCACUUGAUCUACUUGGCACCCCACCCCACUGUCGCCCUGAGUUAGUCUAGACUGUUGGCGAGUUUCUGCCUUCUAUCACAUUGUAUUAUAAACUUUUCAAAAGCUAGAUUUGUCAGAAAAAGGGGUUUGAAUCUGGAGAAGUAAAGAUGUUCAUGCUUUCUUAGCAGGCAGAAGCAAUGCCACGGUGACGGAAUGUAUUAUGUUAAUUUUACUAAUACCCAGAGGCAAAUAUUACGCUUGUUACACAUAAUGAAAAAUACUGGUUUGUAGAGUAUAAAUUUGGUGUGUUUUCAAUAAACCAUGCCUGAGAAAGAA